AUGCACUCUUACUUCUUACACCAUUAUUAAACUACUUCUUAAAGUAGUUAUCUGAACACAAUCCAACAAUUGGUACAAUGAAUCCCAGACGCCAUUGAAGUCCUCCACCUCCACUCACAAAACCACUAUGCUCUGUUACUAUCCUUAUAUAUAUAUAUAUAUAUAUAUACAGACAUACGACAUAAUACUACUAAACUGUAAGCUGUAAGAACAUCGACCGUACAACAAUGGCGGAUGUUAAGAGUGGAGAAUCAGUGUGCGUCACAGGAGGCACUGGCUUUCUUGCAACCACCCUCAUAACCAAUCUUCUUCGCAACGGCUACUCUGUCAACACAACUAUCAGAUACAGAGAGAGCAAAACGGACCUCAUAAGGGAUCUGAGGAAUAUUCCGGGAGCUUCCGACAGGCUUCGCAUCUUCGAGGCGGAUCUCCGCAAGCCGGAGGAUUUCGCGCCGGCGGUGGCGGGAUGCGCCGGAGUUUUCCACGUGGCCCACCCGAUGGGCGGCGGGGAGGAUGAGAAGAAGACGGCGGUCGGCGGUGUGCUGGGGAUUCUGGAGGCGUGCGUCGCCGCCGGGACGGUGCGGCGGUUUGUGUACACCGGUAGCGCGACGGCGGUGGUUUUCGGCGGCGGGGAUUCGGACAAGGUGGACGAGGAGAGCUGGACCGAUUUCGAGCACGUGAGAAGCCUCGGGUUGGGCGGCGCCGGAGAAUCGUACGCCGUGAUAAAGACGGUGGCGGAGAGGGCGGCGCUGGAGUUCGGCGAGCGGCGGGGGAUGGACGUCGUGACGGUGGUCCCGACGUGGGUGCUUGGGCCGUUCGCCGGCCGGCGGUGUCCGUACUCCGUGCAGACAGCUCUUUCUCUGAUAUUAGGCAAUGAAGAGAGCUACAGAUUAAUCGGACGGACGAGCUUCGUCCACGUGGAGGAUGUGGCACGAGCGCACGUGCACUUGUUCGAACACCCUAAUGCGAGAGGCCGUUACAUUUGUUCCUCGGUCGAUAUUACACUCGACACUUUGGCUCAAUUUAUGUCCACGAGAUAUCCUCAAUAUAAAUUACCAAAUCCUAAUUCGUGGAAAAAUAUAAUACCUGUUGAGAAGAGUGUUCUAUCUUCCAAGAAGCUUCUAGAAACUGGAUUCGAGUAUCAACAUGGUCUCCAGGAAAUGUUUGAUGAGAUCAUUCAUCAAUGUCAGGAAAUAGGAUAUCUUUAAUUCAUAAAUGUUGU